GGCUCGUCGCUCCACCCACUUCCCUCGGCUCUCCUGCCCUCCCACUUUCUGUCGGUCCGCGGGGAAGUCGCAAGAUGGCCGACGUCGCAUGAAAGUAUGUUCCUCUCCUCAACAUGAAGUCGUGAGUGAGAUAGAGAGCGAGGGAGCUUACGUCGGGCUUUUGUUUUUGUUUUAUUUUAGUUGUUUUACUUUAUUUUCCCCUUAGUUAUUCAUCUCAUUCCGAAUAGCGGCAGCCCCAGAUUUGUCUCGACUAGUUGACGCGUCAAUCACGCCGGGAUCUUGGCUAACUGGCUAAGUGCGCGAGCUAGUUUGUUAGCCACAAACUGUAGCUCUUAUAACUGUUAACCAGUACAGGACAUACUGUAUUCGCCAUCGGCUAGAGUUAGUUUCAACUACUUAACGGGCACGUUUGAUAGCAAGGGCGUAGUUGUUGCUCAGUUAGCAGCUAGAAGGGUUACAAAUAGGAUUAUAUUUUGAUGUUACCAACACUGUCGACAUCAUAACUGUAGCGUGCGCGCCGUUAUCCUCCAUCGUUACGCUGUAGACCGUGCAACAUCGGAAUUGAUCGAAACGGAGAGACUUUGGUGGGAUUUUAGCACGUUGACACACUUAGGAAUGGACACAAAUUGCACUUACACGACCAAAUGUAAAGAAAUAGCCACGCGUAUCUGAAAUUUUACAGGGGGUCGGAUGACAGUUGCAUUCGUCGGAUAAUUACUGGACAUUUCAGCUUUUUAGUUACCUAACUACAACCGGUCAGAUCGAGAUCUGAGCACAUAACCUACAAUUCAACUUGUUAUCAAGGUUCAUCCAUCUCACGCGCUUAGACACACAUUCAGUAUGGGAGUUCAAGGGUUUCAGGAGUAUUUGGAGAAGCGCUGCCCCGGGGCGGCAGUUCCAGUAGAUCUCCUCAAGCUCGCCCGCACGGCAGGCCGACAGCCCCCACACCACCAUCCACACCACCACCACCAUCCCCAUCAUCCCAGCUCGCUGCCUCCGCCUCCCCCGCCAGCUCGCAUUCUGGUUGACGCAGACUCCGGCCUUCAGCGACUCUACGGGGGCUACCAGACCGACUGGGUUUGUGGAGGCGAGUGGAAUGCAAUGCUCGGCUAUCUGGCGGCCCUCUCCCAGGCCUGUUUGUACCAGGGCGGACUGGAGCUUGUGGUGGUUUUUAACGGCACGCUUGGGAAGGAUCGCUGGCCGGAGUGGGCGCGGCGGGCGCAGGGGCAGCGGCAGACCGCACAGCUCAUCGUCAACCACGUCGGAAGCAAGGCCACGCCCCCUCCGCGGGCCUGGUUCCUGCCCCCGGCCUGCCUGAGCCACUGUGUCCGCCUCGCCAUGUUCCGAUUCCGCGUGCGGGUGGUGCAGACCCUGGAGGACCAUCAUCAGGAGGUGCUAUCCCUGUACAGAGACUAUGGUUUUCAGGGUCUGAUUGCACAGGACUCAGAGUUUGCGCUAUGCAACGUUCCGGCCUAUUUCAGCUCCCACGCUCUCAAGCUCUCCUGGAAUGGCAAGAAUCUGACCACUCACCAGUACCUGCUAUCAGAGGCGGCUCGCCAGCUUGGCCUCAAGACACAGCACCUGCCCAUUUUUGCUGCUCUUCUUGGUAACCACAUUCUGCCAGAUGAAGACUUGGCUGCCUUUCAUUGGAGUCUUCUAGGCCCAGAACACCCUCUUGCCUCCCUCAAGGUAAGGGCUCAUCAGUUAGUCCUCCCUCCAUGUGAGGUUGUUAUCAAGGCUGUUUCUGAGUAUGUGGCAUCCAUCAAAGAUCUUGGGAAUUUAGAUUCGGUGGCCAAGGAUGUUUUCAAGCAGUCACAGUCACGCACCGAAGAUAAAAUUGAGAGGUUUAAGAAGGCAGUGGAGUAUUUUUCAGCGGCCAGUAAACCAAGACCUCUCUCCAUGGGACCUUCUCCUUACCUCUUUCCAGGCUUUGGGCCUAGUCCAUUUGCUGGACCUCCAGGCCAUGUGGGGGCAGUACAGCCAUUAAAAGCUCAGUUUGGUCCACCCCAGGUGUCAGGUGUUAAGGUGCCUUAUCCAGGUGGGCUCUAUGGACCCGGUCCUGCCACUGGUCCAGCCCUUUUAUGCCAGAACCCAACACAGCCACUGCAGGACUGUAACGAUUCACUUGUUGGGAAAAUGGGCUUUGCUGAUUGGUCUGCUCCAUAUGAUUCCUCUCAAGGUGGCAGCCGACAGCCCAAUCACCACACUGCUGCUCCCACAGGCCCCUCCCCCUCGUCAUCUUCGUCUUCAGAUGGGGAGGAGCAAAAUGACACCAGCGCUAAUCAUUUGGCUGACAAGUCCACGAGAUGGGAAGAUCCCAGUGGACGGAGUGGCAGUGGCUCUGGGGAUGGCCACCAUGGCAACGGAAGUGGGCCGUCCAUCCCAUCAUUGCUUUCCAUGCCAACUCGGAGUCACAUGGACAUCACAACGCCACCCCUUCCCCAGGUCAGUGCAGAGGUGCUGAGAGUGGCCGAGCACAGACACAGAAGAGGACUCAUGUAUCCACAGAUCUACCACAUCCUGACCAAGGGGGAGAUGAAGAUGCCAGUGUGUAUAGAGGAUGAGUGCAACCCUGACCUGCCUCCUGCUUCUCUACUUUUCCGUUCUGCCCGCCAGUAUGCCUACGGGGUGCUGUUCAGCCUGGCUGAGACCCAGCGGAGGCUGGAGAGACUGGCCAUGCGCAAGCGUAGUCCAGUUGAUGUGCCCCCGGUUAUUGUAAAGGAGUGGUGUGCCAGUAAAGCUAAAUCUGCCCUGACCCCAGAGCUCGUCCCAGCCCUGUGUUUUCGUGAGUGGACAUGUCCCAAUCUAAGGCGGUUGUGGCUUGGCAGAGCAUCUGAGGACCGAAGUCGCCGUACACGAGCCUUUCUAGCCUGUAUGCGGUCUGACUGCCCUGCCCUGCUCAACCCAACCUGUGUGCCAUCUCACCUGCUGCUCAUGUGCUGCGUGCUCAGGUAUAUGAUGCAGUGGCCGGGGGGUCGCAUUCUUCAGCGCCAUGAGCUUGAUGCCUUUUUGGCUCAAGCUGUGUCCAACCAGCUCUAUGAACCUGACCAACUUCAGGAACUCAAGGUGGAGAAGGUGGAUAACCGUGGGGUGCAGCUGGCCUCUUUGUUCAUGAGUGGAGUGGACACUGCCCUGUUUGUGAAUGAUGUUUGUGGACAGCCCCUGCCAUGGGACCACUGCUGCCCUUGGGGAUUUUUCGAUGGGAAGUUGUUUCAGAGCAAACUAGCUAAAGCCACCAGAGACAGAGCCUCCUUACUUGAUAUGUGUGAAGGCCAGGAGGAACUGGUUUCAAGGGUGGAGAAGAUGCGUCAGGCCAUUCUGGAAGGCAUCAACCUGUCCCGGCCACCACCUCCACCUCCACCACUGCCACCCCCUGCAUUCCUCCCACCUGCUAUGGUGCCACCUUUCUACCCCAUGCAUCCUCUGUACCCUCCUCGCCCAUUGGGCUCUAUGCCUCCUCCUCCCCCUCACCAUCACCACCAGCACCGACCCAGGGCCUUUCCAGGAAUCCAGUCUAUACCUCCCCAGGGCGGCAAACUGGAAAUAGCUGGCAUGGUUGUUGGUCAGUGGGCUGGAAACAAGCCAAUUCGUGGCAAAGGGGGGUUCAACAUGCAGGUGGUGUCAGUAGGAGGGAAAGGUAGGGGUAAAGACUUGACAGUGAAAGGAAGGGGAGGGAAGAAAGUGAUCACCAACAGAACACAGACCCUAUCCUCUUCACCUCCCUCAUCCAGCCCCCCAAAGCUGAUGGAGGACACUAAAUCAGUGGGGCGGCCCGCGGAGGGAACGGGGCCUGCGUCACAGCAGCUGAAUGGCAGCUCAUCAGGAAGCGCCACUGGUCAAGCUCUUGACCUGCCACCACUGGCCCAGCCAAUCCAGUGUGCCUUAGCCAGCAGAGACAACCAGUCAGGAGAUGGGGUAGAGGUAGAGGCCCCUUGUUGCCUUGACGACUGCCCAUCAGAUGGUGCACUACAGAAAGAGGAAUAAUUACAUCCCAUAAUGUAAUAAGAAUGAGAGAGUGAGAGGGAAUGAUCUAAGGUCGACUGCCUUUUUUUCCUUGCAAAAUUGAAUCUUUAGGGCACAGUAGCCACUUUGUGUUGUCAUGGUAUAAUUUAUGAUGCUGCACAUGCUGGAAGCGUCAGAUGGACAGUGUCAGGAAUGAGAGCCGGGUCUGGUUUCAAACUGAGCAAGUUUAAAUCACAACCCUCGAUUGCACAUCGCCCUGAAUCUUCGGAUUCUGGACCUCAUCCUUUCCACUGGGCCAUCAGUGUUGUAGCAUCGUGAAAAGCUCUCGAGCCUUCUUUAUUUUCACACCGUUUUUCUUUUUAGACCUACGGUGACCUUAUAUGUAUGAUUGCCUAAAAUGGCUACCAAAAGCCCCUUAUUGCCCAAAGUAUAUUUACAAAUGAACCUAUUCGAAGCACUUACACACCGUGUCCGAGUUGCACAGCAGCACCUGUUCUAAAGUUUCCACCACCAUUACACCUGGUUGUAAGACACAGGUGAGGAUUCAUGUCAACACUGCCCUGAAUUCAGUAGACGGGUGGAAACCGAUGGAGAACGUGGGUUGUAUUUGUAUGUCACAGUGUGCAUUCACACACACAUGGUAGUUCUUAUUUUUCUUUGUUUUUAGAUAUCUUAUCAGAGUGAUUUGCAUGUGGAGAAGUAAGUGGCUUCAGCACAGGGGCCACAGGUGGCCCAGAAGUCCAGGUUUGAGUAAAAGGAAUGGAAAGAGUGGUACGGGUUACACUCAGCAUUGCAUAGCUAGCUCAACCCCUGUUGCUUUAUCUCACAUGUAGACAAUCUAUUUAUUUUUGGCCCAAGCCCCAAUUGAGUAUUAGCAGUACGUAAGCUACUAAAAUAGCUAUCAUGUUUAUUUUUAAAGCACCUUAAGCCCAAAAUGAUACAUAUGCAAGUUUUCCCCUCCACGUGAGGAAGAAGAACCCCCCAAAAUUGAUUGUAUUUUAACAUAAAGCACUUACAAUGUUAUUUAUGAUAGUACUGCGCUACAUAGAGACGAUAAUUGGGUUAAUUGAUUAACUUCCUUUUAAUGAGCAGCAGACCGUCAUUCCUUUAGACAGUUUAACUGUCCGGAUGAACUUAUUUACCUUGCGUGUUGUUUAACAGUAUGACGUACAAAUCAACACCAAAUGAAUGUGAGAACAAAGUGUGUGGUAAUCUGCACUUUGUUUUAAAACCGUAAAAAACACACUGGGUUGUCCUCGAACUAGGAUAAAUUAAAAAACAAUUGAAAAUUAAAUGAAUCAAAGCCUCUGCCAGAGUUAGGGAGGAAGCAGUGUGUUCAGAAGGAACCGUGAUACUGUUCGACAUCCCAGCUGUUUGUAUAUAGACCCCAAAUGUACAUGAUCCUGUUCCGCGAUGACGUGAUUUAGGGAAGUGAUUUUAUCAGUGGAUCGAGAAUGCACACAGUCCCUCAGACAAACCUGCCGUUUGACAUCUCUCAGCUUCACGUUUCAGUUUGGGGUUUUUAUCCUCUCGCUGUUCGCGUCUCCUCUGUGCCUUGUGCAUGUGUACCAUGUGGAUGCUUUUUUUUUGUACAUGUGCAUUCUCCCGCCAUCGCUAAAAUCAUUGCAGUUUUGUUACACUCAAAAGUAAUUACUGAACAAACCUUAGGAUCACCUUUUAUUGUGACAAAGUCAUUUAAAAAAGCUAAAAAAAAAAAAAGCAAAAAAACGGAGUCUGUGAUUCUCCAGACUGUUUCGUGAUCUGUCCGUCUCGUCUUGUUUUCGUGACAGUCCUAUGAACUCAUGCACUUCUGUAUUCGAGAUAGUUGAGGCGAUUGGGCUUUAAAGUCGAACCCCAGCGAAAACACCUGGAUGAUUAAAGCCGCUCUUGCUCUUCUAAUGACCAUUUGGCAUCAGAUGGUUAGGAUUAAUUUUACUCACAUGUUAAUGUUUUAAGUCCAUUUUAAAAACAAAAUACAUGUUUUGUACCAAUGAUUUGUUGGACGUAAUGAAUGAGAAUUUAAAUAGAACUAAUACACUUAAGAGAGGAUAUCGCAUUUAAUUAUCAUAGUUUAAAAAUCUGUACAAUUGACAAUGUCAAGAUUACAUCACAGCUUUCUAUUGAAGUUAAGAUGCACCUUAUUUUGUUAAGAAGUUAAUAUUAUAUUUAGUGCCACUAAAAGUAUAUCGAAAGCUCUUUAAAUCAGACACCCAUUAUAGUUGCGUGUCUAUGUAUAUUCUGCAGAUUCUCACUCUUGAGGAAUCCAGACAGAUCACCCCGUCAGAAAUAUCGCAAUGACCUGAAGCAUGCAUUACGAAUGCAGUUUGCUACGGACAAACAAAAUGACAGUGAUUUAUCAGAAUACGUGACAAUACUGGACAUACCGGACAGACUUUAAACCAAGAAGAAUCUUGACCAUAGCGUGACUGGUAGUAUUGGUGAACUAAUACACUACGCCGUCAUGCGCGCUAGAGCAUUUUAAACCUCAACCUUAGGUUGUCACAUUUUAUUACAAGUUAAGUACAGUAGUGCUAGUUUUUGAGAGAGGAUCUCCAGCAUGUUAGUGCAUAUGAACAUGCAUAUACACACACACACGCACACACACAACCCAUUAAUGGAAUUUUGGUUUAUUCAGAAUAACUAGAUCCUUUUAAUACAUUCAGUCCUGUUUUAUCUGUGAUUAACAGCCGUUUCAGUUAGUUUUUUUUUUCUCAGUGUGUUUGUCAUAGAGUAUCAGUAACUCCUUCACAUUUAGUUUUAAGUAUAAUCUAAGAAUGGAACAGCGUAAACCGAAAUAUACAGACACCAAAUAACGAUAUAAUCUCUCUCUCUCACACAUAAACACAGUACCUUUGUUAUACCUGUAGAGAGACAUCAGUUAGUAUGAGGGAGAUAAAAAAAAAAAUGUUUGCAUAUUCUUCAGAUAUUAGUGUUGUCCAGAGUGUUCAUUUCUCUUAUAAUUAUUUGGAUACUUAAUUUGCUGUUUCAGAUGCUUGGUUCCAAAGUUACCCUCUCCAAAGCUUCUCUGCUUUGCUCUGUUCUAGACUGCUGCUUGAAAAUCUCAUACAUUUAUGGAAAAUCAAAUGAGUAAAAUAUAGAUUAAAGAAUAUCUAUGGAUGAUAUUUGUAUGAACAAGAAGGAUGCUCUGGAGGUCAGCGCACGUGCUCUAGAUGCUUCUGGAUCUCCAGAUGUUGGAUUUGAAUUUUGAAUUUUAUUUUGCACAAGUAUGGAUUAUCACACGUUUUCCCUUUCUUUCGUUUUCAUUGGUUUAUCAGUCACAAUUCAAACCUUCUCCCUCAACUUUUGUCUCAUUUUUUUUUUUUGUUGAAGAAUUCUUGCCUUCGUUUUCCCUUCAGCGUCUCCCCUUACAUGUUUAUACUAACAGUGGGAGAUUUUUAUAGUUAGUCUGAUAAUCUGUGUGUAAGAAAUCUUAGAUGAGAGUUGGUAACAUUUUCAACAGCGAACAGAGAAAUUUACCAUCUUUGGUUUCAUUCAGUCGUGAAAUUGUGUUUUUACUUACUACUUUAAAAUUGUUAUUACAACAGCUACUCCUUUGACCGUUGCUACAUUUAGUAUUACAAUUUGCUUAGCGGAGAUAACUAGAUCUUUUUCAACUGUAAUGAUUGCAAUUUUCCUCACCUAUCUUGUAUGGUAUCGUUUCAAACCACUUCACCUUGAUGAUGUAAUUGUCACAGAAAUAACCCAUUAUAUAGAUCGUCUUUUUUGUUUCGUCAAAUCACUUUGAGCAAAUCUAAUUUGCUUCCUUGCACACAAAGCCGACUAAUAUACAUCUGUGCGACAUAUUAAUUUUCAACCAAAGUAAAUUUCUGGAAGCUUCCUUUCCAGUAUAUAGUCAACAGUCUUGAUUUUCUCUUUCGGGAUCCUGUAUAUAUGAUUCUACAGCUACGUGUUUUGAGUAAUUGAGAUAUUAGAAUACGUAAGGGGUCCGUAAUCAGAUGCUAAAUGAAGAAAAUGUGAUGUUUACAUCUUUUUGGUGAACCGUGGCUAAAUCUUGUAUCGUCCAGUUUCAUUGCUAAAAUGAAGAUUUCCUAUGUUUUUGUUUUUAUCCUCUCAAUUGGAGCCUUGGACGCAGCUCUUCAUAGCGAAUAACCCUAGAACCCUUCUUCAGCUCCCAUGCACAUGUAUUGUCCCUCUGAGAAACGUAGCUUCAAUGUAGUCAUGGAUAGGUUAAGUGUGAACACAUACUGUAACCAUGCGUGCGCAAACACACACACAUACGCACACACGCCACAGCUAUUUUGGUAAAGAGUUUUGCCUGUGCAUUCCUGUAGAUUUGUGUCUGGACCUCCGAUCUGACUCUUGCUUUAUAACUGUUCCCCCUGUAUCCUGGCUCUUUAGCCCUUCACUCCACAGGACCACCAACGCUGUGGUCAGGUUUCAGUCCUAGUCUGAUAACAGCAAUGUGUUGUGUACAGUGGCCCGCUGACAUCCUACAUUUUCUGGAAAUAUGUACUAGCGUUUAUAUCUCACCCCCUUUGCUUUUCAAGCAUGUUCCUAUAAAAACCAUGGUGUUCAGACAAAUCCAUUUGUAGGCAACACAUUCUGUCGUCUGUUCUUGGAAAACUGAUCCGCUCAUCAACACAAACGCAUUGAUGCAUGCAUCAAGAUCUCCAAAAGCUCCAAAAAAACUUGUGAAGUGAAGGGUAAAGUUCAUUAUUAUUAUUGCUGUUAUGGUUAUGAUCGUUAUUAACAAUUUCUCAUUUUAGUAUAAAAGAAAGCACCUGAUUGUUUUGGAAAGAAACUUUUUCUUUUUAAUUUGUCUUGCUGUUGUGGUCUGAUUUCACAAUGGAUUGGGGAGAAAAAGCCCAUAAGGCUCAGAGAGAGAGAGAGAGAGAGAGAGAGAGAAAGAAAGAGAGAUAAAGUUGGCAGUCAUGUUUGUAUGGUUGGGAAAUGACUUACAGUGCUGAAAUAAAAUUUAUUCUUUUAGUAAA